AUGGACGCGGUGGACGAGUUUGACAUCCCGUUUGAGAGCCUGCGGCUGGGCAAGGAGCUCGGGGCUGGCUUCUUUGGCGUGGUGUACAAGGGCGAGUACCUGGCAACGAGCGUGGCACUCAAAGCGCUCAAGGUUGCGGCCGAGGACAAGGCCGAGGUCAUCGAGUCAUUCCGCAACGAGGUUGCUGUCCUCAAGGCCUUGCGGCACCCGCACGUCAUCUCGUUCAUGGGCGUGUCGGCCGGGCCGGACCAGCUGUACAUUGUAACCGAGUUUGCGCCGGGCGGCGAUGUGCUCGGCCUUCUGGAGAACGCUGCCGUCGAGGUCUCGUGGAAGCUGCGGAUGCGGAUGGCACGAGAGACAGUGCUCGCGCUCAUGUACCUGCACUCCAAGGGCGUCAUGCAUCGUGAUAUUAAGGCCGGAAACCUGCUGCUCGACGACGGGUUCCACGUCAAGGUCGCCGACUUUGGCAUUGCCAAGCAGGUGCCGCGCGCGCCCAAGGGUGCCAAGGCGAAGCGCCUCUCGAUCGUUGGCUCGCACUACUGGAUGGCGCCCGAGGUGCUGUUUGGUAAGGAGUACUCGGAGCUGGCUGACAUCUUUGGCUUUGGCGUCACCCUCACCGAGCUCAUCACCCGCCAGCUGCCGGACCCAGACGUGCUGGACCGGACAAAUGAGUUUGGCAUUGUGGAAGCCUCACUCCGCGAGCUGAGCACGCCGCGGGUUCCGGACCCGCUCAUUGCCCUCGUCAUGGCGUGCUGCGAGGUCGAGCCCGAGGCGCGCCCGGCGUGGCCGGCCAUCCUGGCCAGCCUCGACGACAUUACGAGUGCACUGCCGGACGCGGCGCUGAUCCCGGUCGACCUGACUGGCGCCGCGGCGCAGAUCCGGUGCGCGCUCUGCCUGCUUGAGCUCUCGGGCCCGGUUGUCCACCUCUCCAAGCCUGUGGUCCGCAAGUACCACGAGCACUGCUUUGCCUGCCAUGCGUGCGGGGUCCAGCUCGGCACCUCGGCCGACUUUCGGCUGCACAACACGACAGUGUACUGCAAGGCCGACUACCGGCGGCUGCACGGACGCGUGUGCGCCUCGUGCUCGGCCGAGCUGGUGCCGUCGGCAUCGGCGGUGUCGCUUGUCGCCGAGGCCAUGUACUGCCCGGCGUGCGCCGAGGCCGCCGCCGCUGCUGCUGCUGCUGCCGCCGCCGCCACGCCCGAGCAGCGACAUCGGCGGUCCGAGACGGUGACCUCGCUCAGCUGUGCUGCGUGCACCAAGUCAAUUGUGGCCGGCGCAUCGUUCCUGGCUGCCGAGGGUGCACACUACCACAAAGAGUGCUUUGUCUGCUCCGAGUGUGGCAGCGCACUUGCUACUUCCUUUAGGGCCGUCGACCGCGUGCUGUUCUGCGAGAGCCACUACCUCGCGCGGCACGGCACGGCCUGCACCCGGUGCAGCAACGUCAUUCCGGGUCGUAUCAUGCGCAUUCUCGACAUGACGCUCCACCCCGAGUGCUUGACAUGCUUUACCUGCGGAACGCCUCUCGAGGGCAAGGCCAUCCACGCCCAGGGGGGCUCGCUCUUUUGCUCCGAAUCGUGCCUGCCGUCGGCAUCGGGCUGA